GAGGCUGAUAUGGGACUUCCUGGUUAGACAGUGCAUUUCAAAAGAAUCGGAAAACGUAAUUUCUCAGAUUCAAACCAAUACGUUUGGACAAUACGCAAUCUAACGUUAGUGAUCGAUUUUCAACGUCCUUUCGACUGUGUUAUUUCGCAGGGAGGGGUUUGUCUAACCUUACUGGCAUUUAAUAUUUUGCUAGUAACGUUAAGCUAACGUUAACGUCAGGACUGCUGUGCUCUAGCCAUGUCCGCUUCGGCUGGAUGCUCCCCGGCAGGCCACAGCUCGGGCCUCGGCCCUGGUAUGUCUAUGUUUCGCUGGCUGGAAGUGCUGGAGAAAGAAUUUGACAAGGCCUUCGUGGACGUGGAUCUGCUGCUCGGAGAAAUAGACCCAGAUCAAGUUGAUAUUACGUAUGAGGGUCGGCAGAAGAUGACCAGCCUCAGCUCCUGUUUUGCUCAGCUCUGUCACAAAACCCAGACGGUUUUCCAACUCAACCAUAAACUAGAGGCUCAGCUGGUGGACCUGCGCUCUGAGCUGACAGAGGCUAAGGCUGAGCGGGCAGCGGUAGAAAGAGAGGUCCACGACCAGCUCCUGCAGCUUCAUGCUCUCCAGCUGCAGCUUCAUGCCAAGCAAGGCCAGGCUGAGGACUCUGACUCUAUCAAAGACAGACUGCCUGCUCCAACAUUGGAAGAGAUGGAACAGGAGCUUGAGGCCAGCAAGAAGGAGAAAUUAGCAGAGGCAAGGCUGGAGACAGAAGUGAGACUGUAUAAGAAAGAAAAUGAGGCCCUUCGUCGGCACAUGGCAGUACUGCAGGCCGAAGUGUACGGAGCCAGACUUGCUGCCAAAUACUUGGACAAAGAACUGGCUGGCAGGGUGCAGCAGAUCCAGUUACUGGGCCGUGACAUGAAAGGACCAGCACACGACAAGCUGUGGAACCAACUGGAGGCAGAGAUUCAUCUUCACCGUCAUAAGACUGUCAUUAGGGCGUGUAGAGGUCGGAAUGAUUCGAAGAAACCUCUUCCCUCUCCUGUGGGGCAUGACCCAGACAUGUUGAAGAAAACCCAGGGAGUAGGUCCUAUCAGGAAGGUGGUGCUAGUCAAAGAUGAUCAUGAAGGGCUGGGGAUCUCCAUCACAGGAGGGAAGGAGCACGGUGUUCCCAUUCUAAUUUCAGAGAUCCAUCCAAGUCAGCCUGCAGACAGAUGUGGAGGUCUGCAUGUCGGAGAUGCCAUCCUUGCCGUCAACAGCAUCAAUCUGCGAGAUGCCAAACACAAGGAGGCAGUCACAAUUUUGUCCCAACAGCGAGGACAGAUAGAGUUCGAGGUGGUGUAUGUGGCCCCAGAGGUGGACAGCGAUGAUGAGAAUGUGGAGUAUGAAGACGACAGUGGCCAUCACUACCGACUCUACCUGGACGAACUGGACGACAGCAGCACAGCGCCACCAAUCAACAGCUCGGCAUCACUGCAGGCACUUGAGAAGAUGUCCCUGAGCAAUGGACCAGAGAAUGGAGGAGACACUGGGAUCUCCAGUGAGACACCUUCAGAUGAAACCCUUUCAAAGCCUCCUGAGACUGACUGCUCCUCCUAGAGGCUCAGCCAAGCCAUUCACAUUUGAAGAGAUAACAGGACGAUUGUUAGGGAGAUGCCUCUCAAAGAACUCAAUCAAAGAAUUCUACGACAAGCCUAGGGACAAGGGAAAAUGAACAGAAACAGUUUUCCCUUCUUCCUCUUGGUGUUCUGGGGUGGUGGGAUUCGGGGGUUUAGCCUGGGCAUGUGGCAAUGAUUGGGGCUAAAAGUACAUGUAGAGGAGGGAGUGUUACUGAACAGUGUGUGACUUUUUUGUGAUAUUUUAUUAAGAUCCUACUGGGAGUUGACAGGACAGCAAAAUGAAGUAGAUGUUACCAAGCUGUCGUGGAGGCACAGUGACAUCAGGGAGGAAGAGGUUACUCAGCUUUGAAAUGUCUGUCAGGGGCUGCUUUUGGAAAGAGAGUAUUUCACUUCUGUUUGUAUAGUUCUUCAUCUGGUCUUGACAACACUAUGACAAGACUCUAUUGUCCUACAGGGACCCCGGGAGAGGCCGGGAAAAUGUUUUACAAUACGAUAAUAAAUUGCUCAACAACCAUUUCAGAUGUAAAUGAUCAUUGUAGUAAGCAAGACCGAGGCCGUUCAUACUCUUUCAGGAGAUGUUCAGUAAAUAUAUCAAUCAAUUCAGAAACCCUGUGAAAUAAAUAUCAAAUGAAAAAAUGCUGUGAAAUCUUGCUUGUUAUCACAAUCCACUUCAGACUUUUUUGAAAUGCAUUUAAAAACGAAGCAGGGCAGACAGGGACUGUAUACAGUCAGUUGAAUGUAUCCAGGGUCUAAAGAGGAACAAUGGGCAACAUUUCUUUGGAGAUGUUCAUACUGAGCAGAGUAAAAGUACUUGAAAAGCUGCUGGUUCUGGCUCUGAAGUUUGACCUUUUGAAUCUUUGUCUGUAUUUACAGUAUCCAUUAAAUGUAGUACAUUUAAACACUUAAUAAACCAACAGUCUUAUUAGUAUUCCAAAUAGAAAUGUGCAAUAGAGGGCUUUCAGGUGAUGUGAUUUAACCUCUGGUGGCUGCUCUUGCUCUUUGACAAGAGAAGCUGUGAAACCAAUCAGUGUAACUGCAUCCCAAUCCAGGGGGUUCCCUCUCUGAAGUCAUCCUUUCAAGACAGCAUAAAAGUUUGUCAAGUACUGUUCCAAAGGCGCCUCCCAAUCCCAUCCAGAACUGCGGCCUUCUUUUCUCCAACCUUUCAGGGCAUGAGCAGUGUCCUUUAACACCCUAGUAGUAUCCCAAAUCCCAGUUAUUAAUGGCGUGGUCACGGUGUCCUUGUCGAGGCAUAAAGCUCUUGAGAGUCUGCUUUUAGCAAAACAAUCAAACAAUGAUUAUACCUUAUGUCCGUUUUAGGCUGAAGGGAAGUUUUCCCUCCAGAUAUUUUUAAGUGUAAAUACAAAAAACUGCAUGUUAUAACAUCUAAUGACUAAAACUGCAAAUUCUCUCCCAAGUCCUUUAGGACAUUUCCGUGACUUUACUUGUAAUUCCAGUGUAUGACCUCAAAACUCUGUCCUGAUAUCAUAUCCUGUUAAUAAGAUGGUGACUGUAGGGUAGAUGUUCCAUUGACCAUACAUUUUUAACCUUGUUCCAUCACUAACAUAUGUUGGCAUGUCACUGUAUGUUCAUAAUAUACAGGGGUGGGCACAAUAACACUUAUAUGAUGUAAUGUCAUUGAAUACAAUCAUUCAUAAUGCUGGGGUCCUUCUGAUCUGUGUGUUACUGUAUACUGUUUUUGUCACUUGUCAUUACACUCAGUUGUAUCAGGUAUUUUGUCAGGAACACCACACAGUAUAAUGCAGUAAAAUAGAAACAAACCACAUACUCUAAACUGAGUAGAGAGUUGAGUCAGCUGCUCCCUGACAAAGGAUGCAAAGAUAUUCAGUUGAAUACAUAAUUGUGCCCAACUCUUGUAUCUGUUGUCACCACUGCUACAGUACCUGCUAGUGUUUUGGCCUAAAGGAACACCGGUUAGGUGAACCCUUGGAAUGCCAUGACUCCAUGACCUUACAGCAUUCACAUCCUGUUUCUUUACUGACUGUCUGUUAUUUUUUUUCUUUGGCCCUUGUUUGUGUCUUUAAACUCGUUUCACACAAUACGAUGUGCAUCUUUAUAGGUAAUGUUUUGAAGUUAAACAUUUUAUUUAGCCUUGAAAUAAAGUUUGGUUUCGAUUUUGAUUUAUUUACAAUA